GGUGGCUAGGAGGGUGGCAGGAGCAGAGGAGCUGUUGCACCAUGGAAUAUGAAGCCAAGAAAGGGAAGAAGGGCUUUGUGUCCCCCAUUCGAAGGCUGGUGUUCCCAAAGGCUUCACGCCAGGCUGCCUUCAGGAGCAAUGUCAGUCGCAGGCCCUUACACUCUAUGCCUCUUUAUCCCCCUGACUACCUCAUCGACCCCCACAUCCUGCUGUGUGACUACCUGGAGAAAGAGGUCAAGUUCCUGGGCCACCUCACAUGGGUGACUUCCUCACUGAACCCCUCCAGCCGAGACGAGCUCCUGCAGCUGCUGGACACGGCCAGGCAGCUGAAGGAGUUGCCUUUGAAGAUCACACCAGAGCAGGACAGUAUCCUGAGCCUCUCUGCACGCUGCCUGCUGCUUACCUGGCGGGACAACGAGGAGCUUAUCCUGCGCAUCCCCACGCACGAGAUCGCCGCGGCCUCCUACCUACAGGACGACGCGCUGCACCUGCUAGUGCUUAAGACAGGUCUGGGCGUGGACCCGGUGCCGGCGGGCGUAGAUGCCAGCCCCGGAGGUUCGGGUCGCGAUCCCGGCCCUCCGGGGGCCGCGCCGGAGAAACGACGGGUGGGCACGGCGGAACGACGCCACACCAUCUGCAGCCUGGACUGGCGCAUGGCGUGGGGCGGCAGCGCGGGUGCAGAGGCCCGAGCGGCGGGCGGCGGCGGCAGUCUGGAGCGACAGCGCGCCGGAGCCAGGGCGUCGGGCAGCUGGGAGCGGCGACAGACGUUCAGCGGUAGUUGGGAGCGGCGGCACGCAGGUGGCGGCGCGGGCAAGCCUGGUGGCAGCUGGGAGAGGCGGCAGGCGGGUGGCGGCGUCGGCGGCAGCUGGGAGCGACGCCACCCGGGCCCCAACCCGCUGGAUCCCCAGAACCCCAGCCCCGAUGCGUACUGCAACCUGGUCAUCCUGGCUGUGGCGAACAGAGAUGCUGCUGAGGAGUCCUGCGCAGUCAUCUGUCAAGUCUUCCAGAUCAUCUAUGGGGACCAGAGCAUCGAGUGUGUAGACCGGGCCGGCUACCACUACAGAUCCACUCCGAAGAGGCCGUGGCUCUCCAGCUGCAGUGAGAGCUGCCGCACGGAUGGGACGUUUGCCUAUGACGCCGACUUGAGCUGCUGCAGCUCCUUCAAUGGCUCUCAGGACACAUUUGAAGCGUGUUACAGUGGCGCAUCCACACCAUCUUUCCACAGCUCCCACUGCAGCAGCAUUGACCACAGCAGCUGGGCCUUUGAGCAGCUACAGGAUUACAUGGUCACGCUACGGAGUAAGUUGGGUCCCCCUGAGAUCCAGCAGUUUGCAAUGCUGCUGAGAGACUAUCGCCUGGGGCUGCCUAUCCAGGACUACUGCGCAGGCCUGCAGAAACUCUACGGGGACCGGCGGAAGUUCCUUCUCAUCGGGAUGCGGCCCUUCAUCCCAGACCAGGACAUCGGCUAUUUCGAGGGCUUCCUGGAGAGUAUGGGUAUCCGCGAGGGUGGCAUCCUUACUGACAGCUUCGGCCGCAUCAAGCGUAGCAUGAGCUCCACGUCUGCCUCUGCAGUGCGCAGCUACGACGGGGCAGCCCAGAGGCCUGAGGCGCAGACCUUCCACCAGCAGCUGGCCGACAUCACGCAUGACAUUGAGGCACUGGCCCCUGACGAUGAUGACGUCUAUGAGGAUGUCUCCACAAGCGGAGGCGACCAGGGUGAAGACAACUACCUGUAGCUCUGCGGAACACUUGCCCGUAGAACACCAUGCCCAGGGUGCCUAGACUCCUGGGUUCCCUCCUUGCCUUCUGGGCGUCUGUCU